AUGAGCACGUUCAACCCUAUUAUCUUCUCUUUAUUUGCAUUAGCUUUUUUAUUUAAUCUGAAUACAACAGCAGCAGCAGAUGGAGUCCAUGUUAAAGGUAUCAUUGGUGCGAUUAUCGACUCGAGUUCACGUAUUGGUAAAGAGCAGAGAGUUGCCAUGGAAAUUGCAAUGGAGGAUUUAUAUCGCACCAGGAAUCAAACUUUGGUUCUCCGAAUUAAAGAUUCUCAAAGGGAACCUAUCCCUGCAGCUCUUGCAGCUAUGGAUCUCAUCAACACUCUACAAGUACAAGCCAUUUUAGGACCACAAACGUGGGAAGAGGUAUCGUUAGUUGCUGAGAUCAGUCACCAAUCUAAGGUUCCAAUUCUUUCUUUUGCUGACACCACUCCCGAAUGGGCAACAGAGAGAUGGCCUUACCUACUUCAAGCUUCAAGUAACAAGCAAGCACAAAUGAAAGCGGUUGCCGCUGUUGUGCAAUCGGGAAAUUGGAAUCAAGUCACUGUAAUAUAUGAAGACACGGAUUCAUCAGCUAUUGCAGUCACACAAUUUCUCUUUAAUGCUCUGAGAGAAGUAGGAGUAGGAAUCAUCCAAGUUCUAGUCCUCCCUCCUUCUGCUUCUACUACUAAAUUGUCUGAAGAGCUCGAAAAACUUAAAACAGAGCAGUGUAGAGUCUUUGUUAUUCAUUUGUCCUUGCCUUUGGCCGUGCGUCUAUUUGAAAAGGCACAGAAAAUGAAAAUGAUGGAAAAAGACUAUGUAUGGAUCACUACGGAUUCCAUUACGAGCCUUGUUCAUUCCGUGAAUGCCUCUAUUAUCUCGUCAUCAAUGCAGGGAAUAAUAGGGGUCAAGAGUUAUUUCCCAGAAAGAGGGCACCUUUUUCAUGACUUUCGUCAAAGAUUUCGCAAGAAAUUUAGCAUUGAAAAUCCUGACGAAGACAACAAUGAACCUGGAAUUUAUGCAGCAGAGGCCUAUGAUGCAGUUUGGACAAUGGCUGUAGCAGUGAAUGGAAGUAACCAAGUAGGUCAAGAGCUGUUAGAAAAAAUUUUGCAAGCGGACUUCCAUGGUCUAUCAGGAAAAGUUCAAUUCAUCAACGAAAAAGGUCCUACAAAUAUAUUUCAGAUCAUCAAUGUAAUUGGAACAAGUUACAAGGAACUCGGGUUUUGGUCAAAUGGAUUAGGCUUCUCGGAGACUAUCCACAAAGAUUCUGUGUACAACUCUUGUAUGACUAAUUUAGAGCAAGUGUUUUGGCCAGGGGGACUGACGUCUACACCAAGAGGAUGGACUAUUACAACAAGUGCAAACCCAUUGCGAAUUGGUGUGCCUGGCAAAUCAGGUUAUAGAGAUUUUGUGCAUGUGGAAUAUGAUCGCUUGGGAAACAGCAUAUCUUUUUCUGGAUUUGCAAUCGAGAUUUUCGAAGAAACUUUCAAACGCUUGCCAAUCUAUUUGCCAUAUGAGUUCAAGGCCUUCAAUGACACUUCUUACGAUAAGCUAGUAAAACAAAUUUAUCUCAAGAAUUAUGAUGCAGUAGUUGGUGAUGUGGUAAUAAUGGCCAGCAGAUACCAGCAUGCGGAAUUCACAUCUCCUUACACUGAAACAGGAUUGAUGCUCAUCGUCCCUGCUCGAUCAGUUAAUAGAGAAUGGUCAUUCGUUAAACCCUUCACAAAAUCCAUGUGGGUUCUAAUUGCAGUCAUAACUGUCUACAAUGGUUUUACUAUUUGGUUGAUAGAGCGAAAUCAUUGCCCUACACAUAAAGGUUCUAUGCUGCAUCAAAUAGGAAUAAUGCUUUGGUUAGCCUUCAACACUCUUUUCUCGUUACACGGGGGGAAAAUGCAUAGCAAUCUAUCAAGAAUGUCUAUGGUAGUCUGGCUAUUCGUGGCACUAGUGAUCACACAGGCUUACACAGCCAACCUUUCGAGCAUGCUUACUGCCCAGAAGCUUGAACCUGCUACACCUAAUGUUGAGGCCCUACUAAAUAGCAAUGCAGUUGUUGGGUAUUGCACAGGUUCCUAUUUACAAAAUUAUUUGGUGGACGUUUUACGUUUCAAAAUGCAAAAUAUCAAGAAUUAUACCACACUAGAAGAUUAUGCUCAAGCUUUCGAGAACAAAGAAAUUGCUGCUGUGUUUCUUGAAGUUCCUGUGGCCAAAUUAUUCCUUGCAAGAUACUGCCGCCGCUUUGUCUCAACUGGGCCAACUUACAAAGUUGCAGGGUUUGGAUUUGCAUUUCCUCGUGGAUCUCCAUUACUUCCUAGCGUUGACGAAGCUCUACUCAAUGUAUGUGAAAAUGGAACUCUGCAAGAACUAGAGAGCAGACUCAUUGAGCGAGAAAAUUGCUCAGAUGUGGAGGAUGAAAAUCCUAGCCUUAGCCCCAAGAGUUUUGGGACACUCUUCAGUAUAACCACCGGCACGUCAACAAUCUCCCUUUUUAUCUACAUUUUCUAUAGAGUCAAUAUGGUGCUCGGAUACAUAGCUACAUGGAGACUUAAGUUGGCUGCAAUGAGACAUUGGUUCUGUGAAAAGCAGUUCAUUAGAAGAUUAAGCAAUGCUGAAAGCUCUGUUAAUUUCGCUCCAAAUGCAGCAAGCAUGCAAUCUCAUAUAUAG